AUGCCGCGCGAUGAAGAAGAGGAAGAAGCGGACUCGCAGGCGGGAGGGCCCGUCUCUCCACCCGCAGCGCCCGCUUCGGAGGGCGACGGCGCGCGGAGACUCGAGCCUUCGUCUUCUUCGAAAGACGAAAUGACAAACGCCGAGACCCUCGCUGAUCCCUCUUCUUCUUCCUCUGUCGGAGCUUCAAGCUCCCCGUUGCACUCUUUGUCUUCGCCGGUCUCGUCGCCAGCUUCUUCAGCAGCGCCUCAGCCGGCUUUGCCUUUUUCUCCUUUCCGUUCUGCGUCAGAUCCCAAAUCGGCUUCUUCAGUCUCGUCUUCGUCCUUUUCUGCCUCAGGCGCCGCGGCCUUCGCUUCCUUGGACGAACAGCUAGGCCUUUUUUCCCCUCAGGAAGAAGAGAGGGACUUCUCGCCUUCUUCUUCUCCUUCUCAUGCGCGUGAAGACGAGGGAGACGGGCGGCAAACUCCGCUUCUCACUCCAGCGCUGUCUUCUUUCUCUCACGUCUCUUCCCACGCGACUUCGGAUGCUGCUCUGCGUUUCCUCCCUCCGCCGGUGUCUUCUGUCUUUUCAGGCCUAUCACCCUGCUCUGCGUCUCCUGAAAUAGCCUCAUCUCUCCCGUCAUCGAAUUCUUCUUCUUCCGCUUCUUCCGCUCCUCGCUCCUCUUCGUCUUCCUCUUCUUCCGGUUCGCUUCCUUCCUCUUCAGGUGCGGGGGCGUCUACGGCGGGCUCGUGUGCUUGCGUUUCUGUGUCUUCUGCGUGUUUGUUUCCAGCGCCUUCGUCUUCCUCUGCUUCUUCUUCGUCUUCUUUGCCUCCUGCGUCUUCUUCUUCCUCGCGGGCCGCUGCGCAGUCGGCGCGCGAGCACGACGAGGCGCUGAGGAAAGUGAGGCAGGCAGACAGGGCGUUGACUCGAUUCUCUCAGCAGAUCGAGCUCGUGAGUUGGAUCUCGUGGCUUCGCUUCGUUCAUCGCGAAACGCUCACGCACUCGCCCCUCCUCUGCGCCGCCGUCCUCGAUCUGUUCCUGUCCUUCUGCGUCGAGAAAACCAACGAAGAGGAGAAGAAGAGAAGCAAACGGAGGCGGCCCGCGCCCGAGGCAGCGGCUGCGGGAGCGUGCGCAGGUGAAACUCACUCCAAAAAGCAGAAAUGCACAUCUUCUGGCGAGGGAGAAAAGGUAAAGGGAGAAGACGACGAGAGGAAGAAGAAGGCUGCAGGUGACCAGACACUGCGUGCGUGCGGCAGUUCGGAAACCCGAGAGAGCCACGAGGGAGCUGCCAUGAAUUCCUCAGGCCGGCUGAGCGAAGGCAAGGAUCCAGCAGACGCAAGCGACGCAGGACGAGAACCCACAGAGACGCGGACGAACUGGGACAGCGAACCUCGACUUUGUUUUCCGGCGGAGGGCGCGGCUGCCUUUGUGUUUCUCAAGGAGACCUUCGAGGUAAUCCAGCAUCGCAUCUCUCUGCCGAUUCUGCUUGUGUCGCAUUUUCGCGUCGUCUUCAUCGACAUCGAGUGGUUUCCGCGUGCCUCCGCAGGACUCUCGGCGUGCCGUGGACCUCCCAAAUCGGCACCCCUUCUUUCUGCCGCUCCGACGCCGCGAGGGGCGCGUCUUAGGAGCGGUGUCUCCUCUGCUCGCCGUGCCGGAGCCCCCGGGCGCGUCCCUGGGGCUCCAGGGGCGGCGGCCGGCGCGCUGGCGGGCGUCGUUCUCUCCGCGCAGACUGCGACGGAGGCCGCGUUCUUGGCGCGGCGAGAAGCGGAGCGAGGCUUCAAGAAGGCGCCGAGGGGCGACGAAGGCACUGUAGGGCGCGGGUCCCCCUCAGGAAGGCCGCGGAGUCGAGCGAGUCGGUCGCGGAGGCGCGCGUCGCCCUACGGGGGAGGCGCGCUGCGCUUUCGCCUCAUGAGGGCAAUCGAGAAGAAGAGAGGCACAGGCGCCAUGCUGGCUGUGAUAUUCGUCGCGCUCUGCCGGGCGCUGGGUGUCCAGGCCCGCCUCGUCCUCGCCCUGCCGCCCUCGGAUAUUCAACUGCCCUCGCGCCCCGGCGGCUCCUGCUGCCUGACACCGACGCCACCCUGGAUUGUUUCGCUCUUUCUUCGGCUCCAUCUCCCUCUCCCGGCCUUCCUCAACGUGCCGCCGGAAGCGUAUUUCUCUCAAGCGUUGCCUUCCGCGGCGAGCGCUCGAGUAGGGGUCUACGACGCCGUCUUUCGGCCUCGAAGAAGAGACGAAGGCCGCGGCCGCGAACUGGAUGACAGCGAGCGUUCCGGCGGGGAUCCCCCGACGGCGCAUGCAGCAGCCGAAAAGAGGGACAGCGAAGAGACAGACGAAGAGGUUAGCUUCAUAGGCGAGACGUCCGCUCAGGGGCCUUCCUCUCCCUCGCCUAAAGCGCCAGCCGCCGCCACGUCUUCCUCCGCCGCUUCCUCUUCCUCCCCUACUUCUUCUUCCUCCGCCGCGGCGUCUUCGCUGCUGUCUGCGGCUUUGCCUGGCUGCGUGUCUCCUCUCUCGGCUUUGCUUGCAUCCUCGCUCGCCUGCCCGCCUGCGUCGGGUGCUGGGGCCGUCGCGGAGGCGCCGGAGUUGCCGGCAUCUGCGCUGUGCUCAUGGGCGAACGCAGCGCAGCUCUGGGGCGAGUACUACUGUGAGCGAUCGCGGCGAUGGAUUUCCUGCGCUUUCUUCCCCUGCGCGUUCCUCCACGACGCCGCCGACGUCCUCUCGGGGCGGGCGGCAGGCGCGCGGAAGCCGCCGCCCGACUUCUCGGCUUUCCUCUCUGCGUUCUCCGCGGCUCAAGCCCACGGACAGAGCGCAUGCACCAAGAGAGAACGCGACGGGGAAGCUGGAGCGGCGCCGCAGACGGAGUCGGCGCUGAAGAGGCGAACGGAAGCGAAGGCGAGGCUCGCGGCGGACUCUCAGGACGUCGAGUCGACUCGAGGCAGCGCCGGGCGAGCAGAGGGAAGAACUUCGACGCGACAAGAGGCUCGCUUCGCCUUCUUGCCCACGUACCCGCCAGGCGGGGCGACGAGUGCGAAGGCGGAAGAAGAAGGGCGCGUCGCCGAAGCGCGCAAGUCCGAGGAAGAAGAGAGAACGAAACGCGGGCACGGAGGCCCGAGCAAGACGCGAGGCGAACUCGAUUCCCUCCUGCUCGACGGGCUCCUUCUGACGAGACGCAGAGAGAGACAGAGCCGAUCUUCUUCCUCUUCUUCCUCUUCUUCUUCCUCGUCUUCCGAGGAAGAGGAGGUAGGCAACCGCGGGGAGGUGACUGCGGGGCUGCGCGUCUCAGAGAAGGCGACGAGGAGCUUGGACGCGAGGGUGGGCGGCCCGCAUGCCGCGACAAAGAAAUAUGACGGAGAAGGCGGUAGAGCAGCCGCCUCGAGGCAAGCUCCUCCUCCCCUGCCUGCGUCGGCCUGCGUCCCUCCGUCUUCGUCGUCAUCUGCUUCCUUGUCGGUUGUCUCUUCUCCGUUGCCGCCUGAGCCGAUCCUCGCGCGAACUUCGCCGCCGGCGUCUCCUCCGUCGGAAGGUCAAGAGCUGGCUGCCGGCCGGUCGCUCGUCGCCGCGCUCGCGGAGUUCCAGCGCCAGGCGGAGGCUGCGGCGUCGCCCGCGUCGGAUUUGGUCGUCUCGUCGCCCUUCUUCGCCAGUCUGCGCGCGUCGGGCGCCUCGUCUCUCUCGUCUGCGGACGGGGCAACGCUGCGGGGCGGCAGCCCCACGGGCUUGCUGGCGUGCCUGUUCGCCCUGGCGCUGUUGAGGGGGAUGGGCGAGCGCGUCUCGCUUCCUCGCGCGUUUUUUCAGCUCUUCGAGGACGAGACGCAGCGUCUAGCUCGCGCGUGCGCCGCGCCCGGAGCCCCCGCCCCCGAGGCGCCGCUCGAGACGAGAGGAAGGAGCCAGGGGCGCGACUGCGAGGGCGACCGCGCGGCUUCCUGCAGAGCUGCCUUCCCGUUCGAGGCUGAGGAGGAGCGUCACCAACUGGCCGUUGAGUUCAGCGAGGCGUGGCGACGGGCCUCUUCGCGGUCGGCGUCUCGCUCCAGAGACAGCAGGCUCAGACGCACAGGAGGCACCGCGGGCGCCCGAUCCGCGGCCGGCGGCGGCGGGAGACAGCGACGUUCAGGAGGGGCACCUGGGGGGACUGACACGCCGCGACUGGCGUCCAGCGACCGCAGGAGCCACCCUGUCACUGGAGUUCUCUCUUCUUUAGCCGGUUCAGGCUCGGCGUCCUGCCGACCCGCGCCCACUUCGCCCCCGGCGGAGCUGGUCGGCGUCAACUUCCUGCGGGCGGCGGUCCGGCGCGGGCGUCGAGCGCGCGUCGCGAGUUCGGCGACUGGAUCGCUUUCUCCUCCGUCUUCCUGUUCUUCGUUCUUUGCAUCCGAUGCGGCGAACUCUUCUGCAGCGGGCGGCGCGUCUGCGGCGCUCCCUGCGAGUGCGAACUCAACUGGCUCUCCGCAAGCAGAGGGGCACUCGCCCAAGGAGCGAGGCUGCGCCCUCGGCCAGAGUGGCCCUUCGGGCGCGGUCGCGCCUCCUGUCUCCGCCGCUGGGGCGCCCCAGGGCGAAAGACCGGGAGGGCAGGCCUUGCGAGGUCGAGAGGGAGGCGCAGCGGACAGGGGACCUCAGCGAGCAGGGGCAGGGGGCGACGGCGGUGACGAUUCUCAAAGUGAGGAUCUCUCUUUUCUUGGCUUCCUUGUAAAGCCAGAGCGCAACGCGGGCGGGGGAGAGGCCGGCGAAAUUGGAGGUGGCAAGUUGCGCUUCGUCCUCGCCAUCGAUGAAGACGAAAGAAUCUCUGACGUCACUUUCCGCUACGCUUCCAGUUGGCAGAAAGUUCUGCAGCGGCGCCCUCAUCACCUGCAGGUGUGGUGGGACCUUCCCGCGACGCGCGCCCUCCUCAGCCGCGCGGCAAAGCGGCAAAGAGGCAGGCCCGAGGAGUUGACGCAAAGCGGCGGCGCCGAACCCGACGAGUCGCAGCCGAGCGGAGACUCGCCGCGGUCGCCAGGGGGCAGCGGGAGCGAGGGCCUGCCUCGCAAAGCCGCCAGCCGGAGCGACGCAGAGAAUGAGGGCGAAGGAAGCGGAGGGGAAGUCGAGUCGAACGAAGAGGACGACGCGGAGGACUGCGGCAACGAAGAAGAUGAGUAUAUCAUCUUCGGCGACGAGGCAGAGUCGCCGCUCCCGCAGGGGGACCAAGGCGCGGAGGAAGGGCGAGAGGAGACAGAGACGCCGACGCAAGACGACGCGAGCGUGAAGGCCCCCUCGCCUGAGUUGCCGAAAGAAGAAGACGCCGCUGAGGAGGAAGAACGGCGCCGCCUCCUCGAACGCGAGCCGCUCCCAACAAGCAAAGCAGGAUUUUCAAAACAUCCAAAGUUCGUCCUGGGUUCGAUGCUCCGCCCGUACGAGUACCUGCCGCCGCAGGCCCGCCCCGCGGCGUUUUUCCAGGGCGAGCUCGUCUUUCUCCGCAGAGACGUGUCUCUGUUGAAGACCUCUCUGCAGUGGGAGCGCGAGGGUCGGCGCGUGCGCGGAGACGCCGCGCCGCUGCGCUUCGUCUUCCGCAAGACUCGGAGGCCGCAGCCGCAGAGUCUGCGAGGCUGUCAAGUCCCCGGCCGCGCGGCGACGCGUUGGCUGAACCCUAUUUUGCAGAGGGAGGAAGAAGACUCAAACAGUCGCGGGGAGGCGGAGGAGGACGCGGGGGCGGAGCGGCGCGUCGCCCUCUACGGCCGGUGGCAGACUGACGAGAAGCCGCCGCCCAAAGUCGAGAACGGGCGCCUGCCUGACAAUGGGAGAGGAAAUAUUGAAGUCGGCAAGCUGGCCCCCGUGCCCAUAGGAGCUGUGCACAUCUCCUUGGCGGAUUUUCAGUGUGCGGGGGGGGGGCGGCCGGCGGCGUCUGCCUUUCUGUCUGCUGCGCCCUCCGCCCCGUCGCUUCUCUCUGCAUUUGUGCCCUCUUCGGGGAAGACGCAGACGCCGCUGAGCGCGGCGAGUUUGGGCGGCGCCCUCGUAGCUGCGGCGGUCAAAUGCGGAGUGGACUUCAAGCCGGCGAUCGUCUCGUUCGAGCGGAAGGCCUUCAACGCCUCGCCUUCGUCGGCGGCCUUCGCCGGCUGGGUUCCAGUGCGCGACGGCAUCGUGGUUCUAAGUGGAGACGAGGCGCGCGUGCGCGCGGCCUGGCGGGAGGAGCGGGAGAAGCGCGAGGCGGUGUGGCUCAAGCGACAGCAGCGCCGAGAGGAGAGGGAGAGAGAGGAGGGGCUGCGGAAGUGGCGGGUUCUCUGUCGGGCGCUGCUUUUCUGGCGAGAGCGCGAGCAAGAAGAGCGGCGGCAGCGCGAGGGACGUCGCGGUGCGCACGGUGAGAGAAUCUAG